CUUGGAUAAAAAAAAACGAUCUGUCAAAACUACGAGGGAUAACCUAUAAAAUAUUAGGCUCGAUUCCUUAUGUUUAGUUAAUAAGCGUAGAAAAAUCUGCAUUAUUGCUGAUAAUGGGUGACGGAGAAGAAGCCGAAGUCCGCGAAGAGUAUGCCUAUUUAGACCGAGGUGGGUUUUCGUCGGAAAAAUUCAAAAUAGAGCUUCGAGGACUACCAAAGUUUUACGGUAUAGCGGAACUGAAAAAGCUUAUGAACCAGAAACUGUUACUGAAUACAAGCAAGAUAAAGCGACCCAAGAAUGGGAGCCACUGGUUGUUUGCCUGCUUCCAGAAUGAUGAGGAUCGGAACAAAGCUAUUGAGGCAUUGAAUGGCUACUCAUGGAAAGGUAAAACACUAAUAGCAGAGGUAGCAAAACCAGCCCCUGAUCCACUGGUUAGAAAGAGAAAGCAAGAAGAAGAAGAAGCUGGCCCUGACAAGAAAAAGAAGGAAGAAUUCAGUCAGGAGCAGAGGAUCAAAGAUGCUACUACUCCUUAUUGGAAUAUGCCCUAUGAAGAACAGCUGAAAUUAAAAGAGAAAGAAAUAAAGCACCUGCUUAUGAAAUUUGACAAUGAGAGAUGGAGGUUGGACAGAGAUAACCGCGGGGCUCUCGAAGCGAAGCGCAAACUUUACAAUGGGCUGAGCUUCGAACUGAGGCCCAUAGAGAGGUCCCCUGUCACGGAAGGAUACAGAAAUAAAUGCGAGUUCACAGUGGGCAUAGAUGAGGAGACCAAUCUCCCCACAGUUGGGUUCCGGCUGGGCAGCUACGCGACGGGCACUGUAGCGGUCGGCCCCAUACAGUCACUCAUACAUAUCUCUGACAAAACGAAAAAGGCAGUUUUGAUCUUCCAAGAGUUCGUGCGCAAGUCUGAACUUCGUCCAUUUUCGCCCGCGGACUAUUCAGGCCACUGGCGUUAUCUCACCGUUCGGCACUCCAUGUCUAAGGGCGACCUCAUGCUGAUCGUAGCGUUGCAUCCACAGGAGCUGACAAGCGAACAGAAGGAGAAGAUACAAAAAGAACUAGUGGAGCAUUUCAGUUCGGAGGAAUCGGCAGCUUGCGGGAUCAAGUCGCUGUACAUAGACUACAUUACGAAAAGGCGAGUGGGUGAGGAGGCAAAAAAACCGCUACAUAUGUGGGGCGAUACGCAUAUAGUGGACACUAUUCUCGGCAGGCAGUUCAGGAUAUCGCCUGAGGCAUUCUUCCAGAUAAACACAGCGGGUGCAGAAAUACUGUACCAGAGCGCCAUCGACAUGAGUCAAGUGGACAGCGGGUCCACUGUCGUCGACAUAUGCUGUGGCACCGGUACCAUCGGGCUUUGCUUCGCUAAGUACUGCGGCCAAGUGCUAGGCGUGGAGCUUAUACCAGAGGCGGUGCGCGACGCCCGCGCCAACGCAGCCGCCAACGGCAUCGACAACUGCCAGUUCUUCGCCGGCCGCGCCGAGGACGCGCUGCCCUCCGUGCUGGCGCGCGCCGCCGCCGCCGGCCUCGUCGCCGUCGUCGACCCCCCGAGGGCGGGCUUACAUAUGCGAGCAGUAACUCAACUACGCAACACGAAGUCAGUCAAGCGUCUGGUAUACAUAUCGUGCAGCCCGGCCUCGGCCGCCAAGAACUUUCUAGAUCUGUCUCGGCCCUCGUCGAAGACGCUCAGAGGAGCGCCUUUCAUGCCCGUCCGCGCCGUGCCCGUCGACAUGUUCCCGCACACUAAACAUGUCGAGCUCGCCGUCUUGUUCGAGAGGGAACAGGUUCCUGAAGACCAACAAGAGAAAAUGGAAAUUAAGGAAGACAAGGAAUCUGUUGGCCACGAAGGGACCACACGAGACGAAGCUGUCCGAAAAGAGGAAGCUGUUCAAAAAGAGGAAGCUGACCAAAACGAGGAAACUGAUAAAGGAAUGGAAAUAGAAAUAAAAAAUGAAAUAGAAGCUAGUAAAGAGGGGAAAUGAUUAAAGAAACUAAGCAGAUCGAAAGGUGGAAUAAAAUAAAUCAAUAUAAGUUUUCAUGUCUUAAUUGGAAUGAGAAGACAACUUUUUGCGACAUUGUGACUGUAAUGGUCUAAAGAAGGUUUGUGACUAAAACAAGUUUAUUUACCGGGUAAGGCCUGUAACAGGAGCAACUGUAGGCUGUACUCCUCAAACUGACCAACAUUUGUUCAGCAACUUGUAAAAUAACUUAUUUUUAGAACACUUUAAAGUUUAUUCUAAGGCACAAUGUGUUGGGAAUUACAAUGAUAACGUCAAUCACAAUGAUGUUAGCGUACUGUAAAGGGGAAUGCUUCUAAUCUUGGUGGCGAAUAUAAACGCAGACGUAGAUUACUGAUUUUAUAUAUAUUUUAUAACAUUCAGUUAGAUUACAAAAUCGACUACCCUUAAUGACUGUUAAUAUGUUAUGUUAUUAUUUACAUGUCAAAUAUUGUUAACGAUGUGCCAGACUUCGCGACUAACAUCGGGCGAUAGCGAAUGUAAUUUUUUUAAAGUUGUCAAAGAAAUGUUUUAUCGUUGGAGGAGCCCUAUAUAUGUUUACAUUACACCUGGUAUUACAUUUUUAUUAACUUCUUAUAAAUCAAAGGCCACAGGUAUAGCGACAUCGUUUCGAGCGAUGGCGUCAUAACCUUUAGGUAGUGCCCGGUAAGAUAUCGCCACUUUUUGAUAUUUAACAAAUUUAACGCAUAUCAGUGAAAGAAUAAGAAUCAAAGUGUGGUGUUCUAAAAGUUGUGAUCAUGUGUCGGAUGAUAGCAGUAAAUUGACGUGGCUACAAAGUUUUCAAAAUUCUCUUUGGUCCGUAGUGACCAUAAUAACUUCUUGCCAAACCUCAGUUAAACGGUGGACUUAUAAAUGUGAAUAUAAAGUCCGUUUAAAUGCAGCCCACCGCAGGCCCGGUAGCUCAACAUCUGCAUCCCUUUGCCGCCUUUACCAGUUGCCAACCCCGUGAGAGAUUGUUGAUCUUCCGAAUUUCCCGUUAAACCUCCGGUAUACGACAGAGGUCAAAAUUGUUCUUUUUCUUUUUAUUUGUUGACCUAGCUUAACUUUUAAUUUUAAUGGUUAAGGCGCUCUUAUAGACAGAUUUUAGGUUUUUGAGGGGGUGAAGCAGACGAAGUGGUAAAGCAGGCAGGCGGGCGCCCCGCGCGCCGCGCUCGCAGCAAGCCUACGUCCUUAUUCUGACGCCAUCCGUAUUCUGGUUUGUUAGUUCUGGGAUCUUUUCCGGAAAUUUAUAUUGAUUAUGAUUUAAACUUAAUGAAAUAAAAAAUUUGAUAAUUAUAUAUAAUACUAGAGUAUACCGCGGCAAAUUGAGAACAUAGUAAAAUGAUACCAAAUCGUUUUGUGUCGAAAUAA